CUGGUAUCCUUGUCAUAUGUUAUAUUCACUUAUUAAAGCAGCGUAGUUCUUGGUGGAUAUCUGUAGUUGAUUCCUACAUUUCUUGACCUCUAAUUAUUGAGUUUGGUCAUCUUUGCCGGAAUGUUGACUCGGUUAGUCUCGCGGCUGAGCAUAGCCAGACAUGUGGUGUGCCAACAGGCACAAAGAAAUAUUGGAGUGUCAGCAGCGGCAGCACAGAAGAUGAACCUUGAUCCUAUUCAACAGCUGUUUGUGGAGAAGAUCAGAGACUAUGCAAACAAAAGCAAGUCAAUUGGUGGAAAGUUGGUAGAUGCCACGCCGGACGUGGAAAACAUUCUCCGUGACCAGCUGGACAAGGUGAACCGAGUGUACGCGGUCAAAGAGGGACAGGACAUGACAGCUUUUCCAACCUUUAAUUUCUCAGAUGUACCACUAGCGCCUGUAGGUCUUGGCGAAUUAAAAGAAGUAUCGGAACCCGUACAAGCUGAGGCAGAAGAGGAAAUGCAAGAUGAAGACCCAGCGAACAUCCCGUUUUACGAGGUUUAACUGGAGUCCAUAUGGUUUAGUUAGAUGUCACUGUAUAUAACUUGGUUUAUAACUCGUUGAAAAAAGAAAAAACUGUGCUAAACGCCACAAUUAUGUGGUAACUAGUUUUAUAAUUCUUUCAAACAAUAACUUCUCAUUUUGAAAGGUGAUUAUUGUUUACAAAGAAGUGUGAGUUGUGUUCCGAGAAAUGUAAUAAAUUGAUGUUAUAUAAAA